CUACGAAAAGAAACGAAGCAAAGCAAGUUAAGCAAGGUGCUCGAAAGCCUUCACAGAGGAAAGUGGAAACGGAAGUGUGUUUAGUUUAGAAGAGUAGUGAUUGCAAGAAAAUCAAUUGGUGAAAAUACAGAUUCAAAAAUAUUACAUAUACUCGUAUAACCAAGGGCACAUUAUUCGUUGAUCAAAUUGCAUGCUGAAAAAGGGAAUUGUGUUACAUAUUACAGGCGAGUAAUUGCGUGAAGACUGAAGACUGAUUGCUAUAACUAAGUUUCCUUGUACCACAAAAAUACUUAGUAAAAUGUCUCCAAGUCAUUAUACAAUAAAAUGGUUUCUCCUAGAAUAUAUCAUAUUCACAAUUUUGGGAUUUACUUUUGCUCGAUCCGUGUCAAAUGUGAAUAAUAGACCAACUCCACAAUUUGAACCUCAUUUUCAAAGUAGUUUGGCAUUGCAUCCAUUCUAUUACGAUCAUCCUAAUUCCCAAGCUUAUCGGCCCCAUGAACCAGUUGGUACAUUUUAUGACAGCAAGCGUGGCAUAUUGCGCUCAUUUCCUGGCGGUGGCGUACCAGUGUUGGUCGAUCAUCACAAGCGUUGUUCCAGCAACUUUGUCGGCAUUAAACCACAUCCCAAUCAACGGCAAUACUACUACGUUUGCAAGUCCGAUUGUGUGAUAUUUGGAAAGUGUCAAAACCUGCAGUCGUUCGAUGCUACGAAAGCGCAGUGCAUUCCGUAUCCCACCCCUGACUACACUCCAGUGUGCCUAAAACCCGGCCGCUUUCCCAUUUUAACAGAUUGCACGAUAUACUACAGAUGUGAUGCAGACCUAAAACCACGCAUACACUCAUGCCCACGAAAUACCAUUUUUUCGCCGCACAAUGAAAAGUGCAUAUGCGGUGCUCAUUGCAAUCCAACAAAAGUUUCGCUCCACGGUUCGUAUAUACCUCAGGGCUGUGAGGACAAAUUUCCACCAUGUUUGCAAAACGGCACUUUUCGUACGCCCACUGAUUGUUCUCUCUACUAUACAUGUGCUAAGCAAGAAGGGUCGCUCUAUCUGCAAAUUCGCUUCAAAUGCCCAGAACUAGAGUUUUUCGAUCCUGCACAGGGUACUUGUCGGCCGCAACAUGAAGUCGCCUGCGAUUCUAUACAAAUAUCUGAUCUAGUAUUUCCCAGGCCACCACCACUACCUCAACUUCCCGUAAUUUAUCCUGCUCAUUAUUUUAUGGACUCAUUGGACGAUAGUGAUUAUCCAACGGAAUAUUCCCUGUCUUGCUCCAAAGAGGAUAUAGGCAGCACUAGUGUUAGCUCCAACGAAAGGACAAUAUCAAAUUCUUCUGUACAAACCACCAAAUCUUCAAACUUUUCUAAUUUAUUGACUACAGGAACAACUGAAUUCCCAAGUCAUUCUAUAACAACUAAAGAAGCUUCCUCAUUAACAAUUUCAACCUCUAAACAAAGGGUUGAUACAAGCUCUGCAACUCCUAUAAAGUCCUCACUAACAAUAACAGAGCCUACAAGUUCUGUUGAAAUAAAUACACAUACAGCAAGCUCAUCAACACCGAUAGCACCCGUGUUACAAACAAAUUUAUCGCCAACAGGAACUUCGGAUGAAAUAAUCUUCUCAUCAACUUUCAAUCCAACUACUCCAUCAUUAAACCCACCUAUUGGGAGUUCUUCUCCUGACAUAAUUUCAGAUCAAACCAGCUCACCAAUAGAUUUCGUUCCAUCGAAAAUACAAACCAGUCCUUCUACAACUACGUUUUCAUCAACAGCUUCGUCACAAACGAAACAUUCUACACCAUUUUUCACCUUUGUAACUAUGUUACCUACAAACUUCUCCACAACAAAUUCCAAGUCAACAUCGACUGCUGAAAUAACUACAACUCCUUUAGUAUUCAGUUCAAUAACUCCUUCGUCAUCAACAGGUUUUUCAAGUUCUACAGCUAAAGAUCGACCUUUACCAACAAAACCUCACACGAGUGCCUCUUUAAUAAAUACAUUGCAUAUGAGUUCACCGACUGUGCACUCAUCUUCCGUCGGAAUACUUACAACCAGAACAGUUCCGACUUCCGCUUUCCAACCGCACACUUCCCUUUCCAUAACAACUUUAUCUUCACUAGAUUCCACAACAACUGAACUACCAACGAUCCACUCAAGAAAACUAUUCGUCGAAAACGCGAUAGAAACCUCUAUGCCUACUGAUCCAUCAAUACUAUCUCCGGCGACUUCUAGUCUAAAGGAAGAAAUAAUUGCAUUGCCUCCAAAUACGGCUGCAUCUACGACUUUUUCUGUGACAACUUCAUCGGUACUAAGGGACUCUCCUCCCUUAAGCACUGUAAAAUCUACUAAUGAGACUAAAGAUAAGCCAACUGUUUCUACCUACUCUUCAGAAAUAACACCAAAUAAUGUUACAAAUACAUUAAACCAAAAUGAAAUCAGAAGUAUAAGAUCAAGUUUAUUGAUCCAGCCAGUUACGUCAAAUGAAAGCAAUGCUUUUGAACAAACAUUCAAUACUGAAUACAACUCCAAUGAAUUUGAAAACCUUGGCUACUACGAUGACUAUGAAUCGGAUUUAGAAACCACUGAAGUUUCGGCAACAGAUAAAUUGGAUGACAGAAGAAACCCGUUAAAUGCAUCAGAAAAAUCAAAAAUUAAAGGUACAGAAGAUAUGAAUCUACACGAUGCUAACGAUGUCAGUUAUUAUGAAGAAAAUGGAGACUCUUUUGAAGUACUAUCUACAAGCACAGUAUCUGCUCUCCAUGAAGAAACCCUUUCAACGACUCAAUCAACAAGAUUAAAGCUUAAUAUUACUGCUCGCUCAACUAAAAGAAAUACGCCCAAAUACAAUUUUCAAUUACACAAUCAAUCCACAACGGACACAGCAUAUCAGCAAUUGAAUAUUCCACCAAAUAAAUUGGAUGUAUUUAACGUAGAAAAACUUCUGUUUAAAAAUUCAUCUAACUGCAAUUUGAAUGAUGACUUGGAAACUAUAACGAAAAAGUUUAACGGAACUCACAAUUCCUUCAAAAAUAUUAAUGGAACGCCAAACGAUAAAGAACUUUCCAGAAGCACCUGCUCAGAUAUACCUAUAUUUGAAGAUAGUACCGAUGCAGAAUUGACUACCGUAGUUCCUAACGUUAUCUCCGAAAGCAUAGAAAAUGCAACUAAGAUUAGUUCAAACGAAUACGUAUUGGGAUCAAUUGUCAAUCUUGCAAUAACUAAACCUUUCUCACAAACUGGUUCAAGCUUUAAGACAGAUAAUAAACCAGAAGACUCAAUGAGCACCAUACAGCCGUUGAAUUUUGCUAAUCAGAGCACCGCUACCGAGGUGGAAAGUUUUACAGAAAGUAAUAAAGCUGGUUACACUUUCACUUUCAGUAAGUUCCAAACUUCGGCUGAGAACCAAAUAUCUAUGACAGCAAACUCAACAAAGACUGAGCAAGGCAACGGAUCAGCGAGUUCGUCAAAGGUCCCUAGUUUAGUGCAUGAAAGAAAUGAUAGCGAUAUUCCACACACAACAAUGAAAACGGUUAAGAAAGAACAACAAGCAUUAGCGACAACGGAGCCAACGACAUUGAAAAUAGCGAGACAGGCUAGGGAUGAAAUUGACAAUACCUUCGAAAGCGAUAAAACUCGGCUAUCGAAAUUGUUGUUAGACAGAAGUAACGAAAUUAAAGAUUCAUGCACACUACUACCCCUAACUCCUUUAAAAUUAAUAAAAUAUCACAAAAGUAAAGAAAUCGUGGGAUUAAACCAUAACAACAAAAAUUCUAUUGACGCUUACAAUUCCAAGUUCCAAGCUAUAGUUCCAAGUACAUUUGGACCUAUACGCGAUGCCGACAUCGAAAAUGGUCGAAAAUUCGAAAACUUGGAUCAAAUUUCAAAGCUAGUGGAUAUUUGGUUACCUCCAAGCACAGAGAAACCUUCCCCACAAGAUUUGAAAAUGGAUCAGAAUUCGGGUUGUGCGACAACUGUAAAUACAUUUGCUGAAAGGACACAUUCAAAAUCUAAGGAAUUUAUCAGCAAACACCUCGAAAUUUCCGGCAUUCAUUUAAUGGACUCUGUUAAAACAGAAAACCGCUCCUACAACUUAGAGAAAAGCACAGGUCUUAUAAAAAUUUGCAAUCCCUUGCAGAAUAACAUCUCAAACGAAGCGGAUAAGCUAAGAAUACUUAAAUUAUCUAAUUCAAAGUCUGACAAAAGCAGGUCAUUAAGCUCUUCCAAAACAUUAUCAGCAAAACAUUCACAAUCUACUACAACACAAAAAAUAGCAUCUACAAAAGAAGAAACAGUCGAAAACACAACUGUAGGCACAACCCAUUUAGACAUAAAAUUUCAAGACAAUCUCGUAAAUAUCAAGUCCAACGAUUUGCGUAUAGCACGAAAUGUGCAAAAUACAAAUACACUACAAGAUACACCUCAAACAUCCAAAAGGAUAUAUAGAACGCAAACUACAGUGCCUAAUUCGAAUUCUGAACUAGUUACAGAAUUUCCAACUCAUUCUCCCGAUAUACCCAAGCUUGAGGUUGUAGUUUUCGGAAACCUGGAUUUGACUGUUCUUUAUUGCCCCAAAGAUUGUAGUAAGCAGCAUGAACAUAAAAAUGACAAAAAUGUGUUGGGCGAUCAGCACGUGGUGGGCGUUCAGUGGGAUCCAGCAAAGUCUAAGAAAACGAUGAGAAUUCAAACGGUUUAGAAAACAAAGGCAAAAACAUUAUUGUAAAUAAAUCAGUAGAAUUAAAAAUAUUUGUGUUAACUAAGAAAUCUGUUGAUAUAUUUGUCACUCCCUUAAUUAAAAUAUAGGUUAGUGAUAGUUCAGAAGUUCAGAAAUAUAAAUAAGUAUAUAAUAGAUUGUUUAUGCCAAUUAUGUAUAAAAUAAAUAAGUAAUCCUUUUGAAUGAGAGAAUAAAAACUUAAGUUAUUAUACCA